UGUUUACCCGUGCAUACUAGUACUAGCAUCAUAUCGGCGCAAUUGCGAAACGCUGUGUUUGCAACCGUUAAGCCAUGCAAGCGUUUAGGCUUGCCCACCGGUCAUGCGCAGAAGCUCAUUGUUGCAGAUUCAAUGCCCCUUCUCGAAGACAAGCAGCACAUGUGUCACUAUGCCACGCCCAGCCAGUAAAUUCUAUAGGAUCGCUGACAUCUGGCGAGUCUUCUACUUUAAGGAACACGCUGCCGGCUAAGGAUAAGCUCGCUCUUAUAAACAGAGCCAAGGAACGGCGCCUCGAGGCGCUUCAACAGGAUGCAAGCAAUCCGUAUAAAAGCGGGGCGCCGGGCAUCGUCGAUGUCCGGCUCUACCAUUCCGCCGUGGAAUCCCAAAAGCGCCUGAGCGCCAAGCUAUCAGAAGCCAAUGCG